AUGCUAGAAGUUACAUGUAAUGAUCGUUUGGGUAAGAAAGUUAGAGUGAAGUGUAAUCCAGACGAUACUGUAGGUGAUUUGAAGAAAUUGAUAGCGGCACAAACUGGAACAAGGCAUGAUAAAAUUGUCUUAAAGAAAUGGUACACUGUAUUCAAGGAUCACAUCAAGUUAUCAGAUUAUGAAAUCCACGAUGGAAUGAACUUGGAGCUAUAUUAUCAAUAA